GAAAUCAGACUUUAUUAAAAAGUUUAACAGAGAGCUUUUGUAUAAAUAAAAUUCAUACUCUUUUUUUUAUUAAUACUAAUUACCAAUACCAAGAUUUUGAAGAAAAAUUGGAUAUACUUGAAAAAACCUCAUUCUCGCCAAAAAUAAAAUUUUUUUUCAGUUUAAUGAGUGAACUUGAUAGGGAAUUAAAAUUGAGUUUAAAGUUGAAAAAAUCCUCUUUAUUUUCCCAACAAAAAAAAAGAAAAAUAGAGUCAAAAUAUGAAAAAAAAAUUUUGAAAUUUCUUUUCAAUGCGAUUCGAAGUAAUGCUAAUGUUGAAAAAAAAAAAUUGAUUGAAAUUAAAGAAAUAAAAAAAAAAAUCCCUAGAUGGUCAUACAAAUUAAUCAAGGAAUUAGACCAACAAGAAACAAAAAGUGCUGAAGAAGUGCAAGUAGGACAUCAAAUUCGUUCAAGAAAAUUCAAACGUGUAGUAAUUUUUACCGAUAACGAAAGUAAUAUUGAUAUUAAUAACAAGGAAACUCAGAAUUCCCCUAAACCAAAUCAAAUAUCUUUGAUACGUUAUUCACAACAAUCUGAUUUUCGACGAAAUAUAAUAAAAGGUUCUAUUCGCGCCCAAAGGAAGAAAAUAAUUAUUGGAAAACUGUUUCAAGCAAAUGUGCAUUCCCCACUCUUUUUGGACAGGAUAAAAGAGGACCCUCCCCUUUUUUUUGAUCUAUCCGAACUAAUGAAACUUUUUUUAAAAAAUUCUAUUUUGGAAAGAGUAAGAAAAGAAGCAGAAUGUAAAAUUUCCGAGUAUACAGAAGAACAGAGAAAAAAGGAGAAGAGCAAAAAAAACGAAAAAGAACGAAUAGAAAUAGCAGAAAUAUGGGAUAGCAUUCCACUUGCUCAAGUAAUAAGAGGUUUCAUGUUAAUAACUCAAUCAACGCUUAGAAAAUAUAUUAGAUUACCUUCAUUGAUAAUAGCCAAAAAUAUAGGACGUAUACUAUUAUUGCAAGCUCCCGAAUGGUCUGAGGAUUUUAAGGAAUGGAAUAAUGAAAUGUAUGUUAAAUGUACCUAUAAUGGUAUUCAAUUAUCCGAAACGGAAUUUCCUAAAAAUUGGUUACUAGACGGGAUUCAGAUAAAGAUCCUAUUUCCUUUCUGUCUGAAACCUUGGCAUAGAUCUAAGCCAAGGAUCUUUCAUAUAGAUCGAAUGAAAAAAAAGGAUAAAAAAUCUGAGUUUUGUUUUUUAACAGUUUGGGGAAUGGAGACUGAACUUCCUUUUGGGUUUCCCGGAAAAAGGAAUUCUUUUUUUGAACCAAUUAUUAAGGAAUUAAAAAAAAAAAAAGGAAAAGUAAAAAAAAAAUACGAUCUAGUUCUAAUAAUUUUAAAAAAAAGAACAAAAUCCUUUCUAAAUCUCUUAAAAAAAAAAAAAAAAUGGCUUAUAAAAGUUAUUCUAUUUUUAAAAAAAAUAAAAAAAGAACUCUCAAAACUAAAUCCAAUUCUAUUAUUUCGAUUAAAAAAAGUCUCUAAAUUAAGUGACACUAAAAAAGAAAAAGAUUUAAAAAAAAACCACAAUUCUAAAAUUAAUGAAUCAUUUAGUCAAAUUGAAUCUACAAAUUGGACAAAUUAUUUACUGAGAGAAAAAAAAAAGAAAGAUAUAAUUGCUAGAACAAGCAUAAUCAGAAAUAAAAUAGAAAGACUAAAACAAGAAAAAAAAAAAAGAAUUCCGGAAAUAAACAUUAGCCAUAAUAAAACAAGUUUGAAUGUUAAAAGAUUAAAAUUACAAAAAAAAAGAUUAAAAAGAAGAAAUACUCGAGUCGUUCGUAAAUUCUAUUAUUUAAAAAAAAAAAUUACUAAAAAAAUCUACAUGGAUUUCUUUUUAUCUAUCAUUACUAUUCGUAGAAUAAAUAUGGAACUUUUUAGUGAAAAAAAAAAAAUGGAAAAAUACAUUUUCAAUAAUCAAAGUAAUGAAACAAGAUUUGAGAAAUCAAAUAAAAUUCAAUUUAUUUCCAGUAGAAAAAAGUCGCUUCAGAAUAUUCUUAAUAAGAAUUCAGAUAAUUUUGAUGAUUUAGCCUCCUUGUCGCAAGCAUAUGUCUUUUACAAAUUAUCACAAACCCCCGCUCUUAACUUGUACUUCUAUAAGUUAAGACCUAUUCUUGAAUAUCAUGGAACUUUUUCGUUUCUUAAAACUUCACUAAAGAAUUAUUUUGAACCACAAAAACUAUUUUAUUCUAAAUUAAAACAAAAGAAACCUAUAAAUUCUGAAAUAAAUCAAUGGCGAAGCUGGUUACGAAGUCAUUAUCAAUACAAUUUUUCUCCGAUUACCUGGUCUAGAUUAAUAGCACAAAACUGCCGAAAUAGAAUCAAUAAACGUGAUCCAAUUGAACAACAAAAUUUAAACAAACAGGAUUUUUAUGAAAAAAAUCAUUUAAUUUAUUACAAAAAAAAAAAUUAUUACAAAGUUUAUUCAUUACCAAAUGAAAAAGAAAAUUUUCUUAAAUAUAAAAGAUAUAAUCUUUUAUGCUAUAGAUUUAUUAAUUAUGAACAAAAAAGGGAGCCGUCUAUUUAUGGCUCAACAUUUCAAAAAACAAAGAGUUCUAAUAAUUACAACACAAAUAAAAACAAUAUUUUUGAAAUAUUUGAAUUAGGGGAUAGCCCUAUUAAGAAUUUUUUAAUAAAAAAUGAUAUUAGGAAUAUGGAAAAAAACCCGGAUAGAAAAUAUUUUGAUUGUAAAAUUUACAAUUUUUGUCUUAGAAAGACAAUCAAUAUUUUAACUUGGAUCAAGAUUGAUAUCAAAAGUAAUCAAAAUACUCAAACCGGGCCUAAAAAUAAUCAAAUAAUUAAAAAAUUUGAUAAAAAAAACUGUUUUUUUCUUAUGAUUGAUCCAAAAAUAAAUUCACCAAAUAAAAAAAAAAAAAUUUAUGAUUGGAUGGGAAUGAAUAAAAAAAUACUAAGAGAUUCCAUAUUGGAUUUCAAACUUUGGUUUUUCCCAGAAUUUAUACUACUUUAUAAUACAUAUAAAAUGAAACCAUGGGGUAUACCAAGAAAAUUGCUGUUUUUCAAUUUAAAUCUAACUAUAAUAAAUUUUUAUGUAUAA